AUAUCUCCAUUGUCAAUAGUCGGUCACUCACUCUGCCAUAGCCUCAUCUUCUUGGACUUGAAACACUCAAUCCCGUGAUUCAAGUCUCAAUUUUGCAAAGGUUCGAUACAGCUCCAUCAUUCCUCUGAAUUUUGAAGCUUAACGAUGCCGCAGCCAAGCAAGGAGCCGUGCAAGAAAGAAGCGUGUGACAUUCAAGCUUGCCUCUCCAAGAACAACUUUCUCUCGCAAAAGUGCCUUAAAGUAAUUGAAUUACUGGACUCCUGUUGUGCGAAAUGCGAUUAUAAUUCAACUCACUGUGCUUCCCUUUCCGGACUUUUGAAGCAGAAGCCCAAGUAA